AUGACACAGCUCGAGCCCACGUCGACCAGGUCCACGCUGCCAGGCUACGCCCACAGCACCACCACUGUCGAGACGGUCCCCUCGUACCAGGCGGCAAACACCACGGCGCCCUUCCCUUCGCAGCUGCCAUGCACGCUCACCGUCAAGAACCUCGAUCGCAAGCGUGACCCCAUCCUCUUUGUCCACGAGGACCGCGUCGUCUUCGAGUUUGUCCAGCUCGAGCACUCGCGUGCCUCCACCUUCGACGACUCGCUCUACAAGAACCUCGUCGAGAACGCCGCGGAGAUCUUUACCAGCCCCGUCAAGCUCGUCGUCGCUGAAAAGGGACAGACGCCGUUUGCGGUGAGGAAGCACGUCGCCUCGUCCACGUACGAGGUCAUCCAGCUCGAGAACGACGGAGGCUUUGGCAAGUGCACCAAGAUCCCCACCAAGGGUCUGUUUAAGAGCAAGUACCACCUCGAGAGGCCUCCUCCUAAUGCUGUCGACGCCGACGCGUCCGCGUCGUCGUCGGGCACGCCUAACUCGGAUGAGGUCUACAUCAAGGGCUCCCUCAAGAGUCUUGAUGUCACUCUUCGCCGCAACGCUGACGGCCAAAAGUCGACGCUGGUCGAGCUGAUCAAAGGUGUCCACGCCACGGUCGCCCACUUUGAUUCUUCUAUCACCUCGCUGCCCUCGUCGCUGUCGGUCCCCUACCUCGUCGCUGCUCUCUUUGCUGCUAUUGACUCUCACCGCGAACAUUACCUCACCUUCACCACCGACGAGAAGCUCGAAGAGCUCCAGGCCAAGGUGCGCCCGUCGACUUGGGACAGCCUCUUCCUCCAGGCCGGUCAGACGAGCAAGAAGCAGAAGGAGUUUUCGCAGCAGCUCGAGACCGAGCGUCAGAGGGACUACAACGAGGCCGUGCACAACAGGAGCGCUUAUCCGGAGGGCAUCAUUCCGGCCAUGCGAUCUGCAUCCAGGCCUGCGUCCAGGUCCACGUCGCGUGCUAGGGGCGCGUCGAGGGAAGGCUCACGCACUGCCAGCCCGGCUCCGGGCCGCGCUGCGCUGCCCAAGCUGAAUGAUGCGGUCGAGGGCAACGUGGUGGAGGAGAGGGGUCGUCGCUAG